AUUCUCUACUACGUGUACAUGGGCAUGCUGGCAGUGUUCUGCACCAACGCCAUCAACAUCCUGGCUGGAAUUAAUGGGAUUGAAGCAGGGCAGUCGCUGGUGAUAGCGGCUUCCAUCAUCGUCUUCAACGUGGUGGAGUUAAACGGGGAUUAUCGAGACGAUCACAUUUUUUCACUCUACUUCAUGAUUCCCUUUUUUUUUACCACGCUGGGACUGUUUUAUCACAACUGGUACCCGUCCCGAGUGUUCGUGGGGGACACCUUCUGCUACUUCGCCGGCAUGACCUUCGCCGUGGUGGGCAUCCUGGGGCACUUCAGCAAAACGAUGCUGCUCUUUUUCAUCCCGCAAGUGCUCAACUUCCUCUACUCCCUGCCUCAACUCUUCCACGUCAUUCCUUGUCCCCGUCACCGACUGCCGAGGCUCAAUCCUAGUACAGGGAAGUUGGAGAUGAGCUACUCCAAAUUCAAAACGAAGAGCCUCUCUGCGCUGGGAACAAGCAUCCUGAAGGUGGUCAAGAUCUUGCGCGUGGUGGACGUGAGGAGUGGAACGGACGAGGAUGGCGAAUACACCGAGUGCAAUAACAUGACACUUAUCAACUUUGUCAUAAAGCUGAUUGGACCCACCCACGAGCGGAAUCUCACCCUCCUGUUGCUGCUUAUUCAGGUCCUGGGCAGCACGGUGGCGUUCUCCAUCCGGUACCAGCUGGUGCGCUUGUUCUACGACGUCUGA